ACUGGGUCUACUGACUUGAGAACAGAGCCUUCUUGCAGUGGGACUGUGACCAGAAACUAGAGCUCUCGUGUCAUAAGCUUAAAUCAAGGACCAGAGAUCCAUAUUCUCUUGACAGAGUAUGGCUGUUAUCCUCCUUGCAGUAUAGGGACGGGAGGGGCGCGAGCUCGCUCAAAACCCCAUCUCCACAUAGAACCUGCGGCGAGGGUCGCGCCUGUCGAUCAUUAAUAGUCCAGAGUUACAUUGGGCCGGUCAUCUGUUGCCGUGGGAUCCUGGAGGCAAGUGUGCACACGCGGCUUGGGAUACUCUCAGCAGAGGGUCACGAUGAAUGGGUCGGAUCACCUGACAGCCCGCAGCACGUCCGAUUUGCGCAGAAACGGCCUUUUACAUCACUGUGACAUGAACCUCCUUCAAUCUUCGCUCUGUUACGAGGGGAACCAGGCUUUUUUACUUACAUUUUGUUGGUGUCAACCGAUGCUGGCCCUCCUUUCCUAUAUCGCCACCGAUCACGAUGACUGGACCAUGGCCCGAUUUUGCAUACCAGCAGCACGCGAGCUCCCCAGCAUUUCAAAUUCCUCGAACUCUGGGGCAACGCUUUUUCGGCCGGAGUCUGCCAGGGGGUUGGACGUUAGUAAGGUCCAAGCGCUUGGCAUGAUAGCUCUCUCUGCACCAAAAAAGCAUCGAUCCAAUCAUCACAACUCAUCCUUACCUCCGCGGUCUGAGCGCCAAUCAGACAUGCAGACCCGGUCUCCGCCCCAUCGUAGGCCAUCCGCCCUACAGACAGCUUGCCUAGACGUUCGACAUGAACAGUUUAUUUUUCUCAACAAUAGCCCCCCUCCCCUCUUCCUGCAACCUCACCGUUGAGGAUACUGACAGGCAGCCCGAUGACCCGACAAUAACAUUCUUCUGUUCGGGCACCACCCGGAAAGGAGACCCAAGAGCUGGGCAUCCAUGGUUAUACAAGUAGCCGUUGUACAAAGUGCUUUCCCAUUACAGUUUCCUCUUCACCACUUGGGCUGUCCAUGUGGCUCAAAUAAACCCCGAGGCUUUUCUUUAUCCUUGCGUGCGGUGUCUGCAGGA